ACUCCCUCGGCCUUGCGACCGAUCGUCUCAAUUGCGGCGGCCCGUGCCCAAGUGCAGCGGCUCAAUUGUCGGACGAGCGGGGUCGACGCUCGCUCCUUCACACGAGCGUGACAAAGCCUCGCGCUCAUUCCUCAUCUUUCUUGCCAUUACCAUUCCCAUGAUCAGAUCGGCUCUUCCCCCUUCCCCGCCCAACAAGAGCGCAAGCAUCAGUCCAAGCUAGCGCGAUCGGCCAGUCAUGUCCACAGCUACGACGUUCCUACCGGAUGUGGCCCUCCUCAUCCUCUCCACUUACUACAUCGUACGCGCCAUCGACCCACCAUUCGCUGCUUCGGCUGAGGACAGGGCUGGAGCGAUGAAGGACAGCAGCGGUAGUGGCGGGGCUGGGGGUGAUCUCGUGUCCUCACUCGGCCUCACCUCAAUCCAUCGUCCGGUCCAACUAGCCUUCGUCCUCGCAGGUGCCUGGUGCUCCAAGGUGCUACUGAGUGGUCAAGGGUGGGACGAUGUACCAGGAGACGUCACCCUCUGGCGGGCCUUGUUCGCGGUGGGAAAUGUGCUCACCACCAUAGGCGGUAUCGGUAGACUUGCAUGCUAUCGCGAGUUGGGCAAAUGGUUCACAUUCGAUCUCGCCGUGCAACGGGGACAGAAGGUCGUCGAUACUGGGCCAUACGCCUACGCGCGACACCCGUCUUACACGGCCCUCAUUGUUGGCUUCUACGGCACGGCUCUAUCCUUUCUGGCGGCUAAUCCGAGCUACUCGUUGCGCUCAUGGGGCACAAUGAAUAUGCUGGCCGGACUGGCGUUUCAUCAGGUGGCUUGCACGGUGAGCCGCGCUGAUAAUGCUCGGAAAUUCAUUACAUUCGCUGAUGCUGCGCUCGACCUGGCAGCUUCUGCUCAAUCGCCGCAUAGAUGACGAAGAGAAGAUGAUGACUCGCGAGCUUGGUGAGGCAUACAAGUCGUACAUCAGAAAGUGAGUGAGCGAGAGGUGUCACCGUGGCGCUCUGAGCUGACCCACUCCUUCGCUCGCUCAGAGUACCUUACCGCAUCAUCCCCGGCGUCUACUAGAUCGAAAGCGCCCUAUAAUCAAUCACUUUUCCGUGAAAGUGGUAAUUGGAUA